GAAAGCCCAGCAAGAGUGGCUGUGCUGCCCGGGUGUGUGGACGCCGCUUUGUUGCCUGAGGGGGGCGGCGGUGGAAGUUGAGGGCUUGGGGGGUGACUAGCGCGUUGCGUGGACCCGGAGUCGCCGCCGCUGCCGCCGUCCCUGCACCCGGUUCCCUUCAGCUGAGCAUUCACCGGACCGCAGCCAUGAGCGGAGGCGUGUACGGCGGAGAUGAGGUUGGUGCCCUUGUUUUUGACAUUGGUUCCUACACUGUGAGAGCUGGUUAUGCUGGUGAGGACUGCCCCAAGGUGGAUUUCCCAACAGCCAUAGGUAUGGUGGUGGAAAGAGAUGACGGCAGCACGCUGAUGGAGAUAGACGGAGACAAGGGCAAGCAAGGCGGCCCCACCUACUACAUAGACACCAAUGCUCUGCGCGUUCCCAGGGAGAGCAUGGAGGCCAUCUCACCGCUGAAAAAUGGGAUGGUUGAAGACUGGGAUAGCUUCCAGGCAAUUCUGGAUCACACCUAUAAAAUGCACGUCAAGUCAGAAGCCAGCCUGCACCCUGUUCUUAUGUCAGAGGCACCGUGGAAUACUAGAGCAAAGAGAGAGAAACUGACGGAGCUGAUGUUUGAACAUUACAACAUUCCAGCAUUCUUCCUUUGCAAAACUGCAGUUUUGACAGCAUUUGCUAAUGGUCGUUCUACUGGGCUGAUUUUGGACAGUGGAGCCACUCAUACCACUGCAAUUCCAGUCCAUGACGGCUAUGUCCUUCAGCAAGGCAUUGUGAAAUCCCCUCUCGCUGGAGAUUUUAUUACCAUGCAAUGCAGAGAACUCUUCCAAGAAAUGAAUAUAGAAUUGAUCCCUCCGUAUAUGAUUGCUUCAAAAGAGGCUGUACGUGAAGGAUCUCCAGCCAACUGGAAAAGAAAAGAGAAACUGCCACAAGUCACAAGGUCCUGGCACAACUACAUGUGUAAUUGUGUCAUCCAGGAUUUUCAAGCUUCUGUUCUUCAAGUGUCAGAUUCAACUUACGAUGAACAAGUAGCCGCACAGAUGCCGACUGUUCAUUAUGAAUUCCCCAAUGGUUACAACUGUGAUUUUGGUGCAGAGCGGCUAAAAAUCCCUGAAGGAUUGUUUGAUCCCUCCAAUGUGAAGGGCUUGUCUGGAAAUACAAUGUUGGGGGUCAGUCAUGUUGUCACCACAAGUGUUGGAAUGUGUGAUAUUGAUAUCAGACCAGGCCUCUACGGCAGUGUGAUUGUAGCAGGAGGGAACACGCUGAUCCAGAGUUUCACUGACAGAUUGAACAGAGAGUUAUCUCAGAAAACUCCUCCAAGCAUGCGGCUGAAACUGAUUGCAAAUAAUACUACGGUGGAACGGAGGUUUAGCUCCUGGAUUGGUGGUUCCAUUCUAGCUUCUCUGGGUACUUUUCAACAGAUGUGGAUCUCCAAGCAAGAGUACGAAGAAGGAGGGAAGCAGUGUGUAGAAAGGAAAUGCCCUUGAGAGUUCCCAAGCCCUGACCUCCCGUGUCACCUUGUGUUUCAUAGCUUUAGUACACUCAGGAAAAACGACCAUUUUUUGUAGAAUGUUUAUACAUGUUUGCAUAUUUCAAUUUCCACUUAAAUUUUUUAAGGCUUUAACUGCUAUAAAUUAAAAUGAGUUUGUGCUUUCCUUGAAAUACACUUAUUCUUAUUACAAGCGCAUUUUAUAAUUUUGUAUAAAUGUCUAUUUUCUCUAAAUAUUUUGCUUUCAGUAAAAUUCUUUACAACUCUUUUUAGUAUAUUAAUUACCAGUGGGUUGGUAGGAUUGCCUUUUAUUGACUAGUAAGAGUUACUGCCUAUGCCUUUUAUCUUAGGCUUACAAAAUUAAAUAAAAAUUACUAGCCAUUCCAGAAACAUG